GCAUCCAGUCAGUCAGCAGGGUAACAACUCUACAGCCACAAGCUGCUGCAACAUGGCGGAGAAAGGCUUUGAGCAGCUGCGGUCCAGCCGGUCCUGUCCUCCAGCCCAGCAGUAGAACACCUGUCCUGUGGUAGCACACGUCUCUCAGGUGUAUCAAGGACACGUUUGUCUCGGCAGUUCAACAGAAACUGUUGUGAAAUGGGCUGCUAAGUGAGAGACAGGAGGAACUCGAGAUGAGCCGACACGCAACAGACUUCCAGGAGGAGGGUGUCCCCUCCCCACCGCUGCCUGCUGAUCAUGUGCUCCACUCUGCAGCCGUGCUAUUCCCUGGUGCUUUCGAUCAACACGGCUGCCCUCUGAUCGUGUUCCCAGUAGAUGAACAAGCCAAACUCUCCUCAGAACUCAGCAAAGCAGAAGUGGUGGACUUCGUCAAUUACUUCCUGUGUCUGCACAAUAAGAAGCAGGAGAAGCAGAGUUUGGUGUCCGUGGUGGCUGAUCUGAAGCAUGCCUCGCUCCUUACGACCAGGGUCAUCGCUGAGACUCUGCUGCUGCUUGAGCUGCACAAGCGGACAGUCCACAGCGUGUACAUAAUCCAGCCCAAAAAGAAGGAUGUUGUCAGGCUUUUGCUGAAAAUCCUGGCUCCGUCAAAGCCUUACACUGCCUCUUUCAAGAAAGUCCUUCUGAAAGAAAUCUCGGAGCUCUCAAACUACAUUGACCGAAGCCAGCUGACUGCAUCGUUGGGCGGCUACCUUAUCUACUGUCACCACAGUUGGGUGGCCUUCAUCAAGGAGAUUGAUGAGUUUGUUCAGGAGUUCCUGUCUGCGGUCCAGCGGCUGCCCUCGUGUAUCUCCACCCUGCAGGCUCUGUCCAGGCUGGCGAUGCCCUCCACCUUCAGCGAGCUCCAACGCUUCUGCUCCACCAACGAAGCCAAGUUCCAGCAGCUCAGGAGGGAGCUGGGGCUGGAUGAGCUGCUGAGUCACUGUGAGAGUGUGGUGGAGAAGCUGCGUCACCCUGAGAAGGAGCCGUGCUACCAGGCGAUGGCUGGCACUACCCUCUUCACCCACACCGCCUUCGACAUGCUCCAGAACCACAGCAGGAUAACUGCAGCUGUGGAAAAAGUGGAGCUGCUGUGGCAGCAGGCCUUCUCUAAGGCCCGUCUCCAGCUGCAGGUGUUCCAGCUGCGAGAGGAUGCUCUGCAGAUCACAGAGCAGAUCAAAACUCUCCUUCAAGAGAAACUCCAGCCGUACAAAAUCCAGAUUGCCAAGGAUGCUGCAAAGGCUGCGAUGUUGGUGUCUGAAUUUGAGGCGUCCAUUCACACUCCUGCUAUGGCACUGAUUCGCUGUGCUGAAGAUGUGAUCCACACGGUGGCAGAGAUCCUGCUGGUUGACGGUCAGACCGGGGAGCGAUGGGUUCUGGAUCUGGAGAGGCUGAAAGAGAAACUUCACUCUGCCGUGCACUUCAUUCUCCAAACCCUCAGAGCAGUUUCUAACUACCAUCAUCACUAUAACAAGGCCAACAGCUGGUACAGCCGGGUCCUCUGUGAGAACGUCCUCCAGGUGCUGCUGUCGGGUGUUAAUGGAGACCACGGUGGUCCCACAGAGAGGCAGAGGAGGAACUUGGGGACGGUCCCUGCAUGGAGGUACAAAGUCUCCACUUUCCUGAAGAAGAACCCCCCUCCAGAUGUGGAGGCGCUGCUUCAUCUGGCCCAUCUGUCUAACGCCAUCCCAGAUGAUGAGGUCCGGGAGGUGGGCAAGCAGAUGUCUCAGCGGUGCAUGACCCUGAGGAAACUCCUAAUUGGUCUGGGACCCGUGGCUGUCGGUCACCUCCAGCUGGCCUUACAGUGGCAGUAUGAGUUGCUGAGGAGCAGCCAUGUAAAUCGUCCCUCUGUUGUUGACGGCGCUACAAACGGAACGGCCAAGGUCAUCCAGGACCCCGGGAAAUGUGAAAGUGUUAAGGAAGCAGCCCGUCUUCCCAGAACGUCUCCUUCGACUGCGGUUUCCGGGAUGGCGUCAGCCGAGGCCAAACCCCUCUCCCUCAGCUCAUUCGACUCAGGCUUCGAUGGUGCUGGUAGCAGCCAGCUGGAGGCCUGGGGAGGGAGGGACGGAGUGGACGGUCUGUCCAGAUUAGCCGGGACCAGGGACUCUGUGAGACCUGCCACGACGAGUCAAAUCCUCAAAGAGAACAUCUCCAGUGUUUCAGAUUGUGAAGAUCACCGAGAGGAGUUUGACGUCGGCUCUGUGGGGAACUCCUCCAGGAACAGCAUCCAGAUCAUCCCUAAAGUAACUGUUGAUUCCCUCAAUGUGGAGAUCAAAGUGAAGCGCUCGGCUGCACUACCUAAUAACCCUUGGCUUAGCUUGCCAGUAGACGAUCUGGAAAAGUCGUACACGGUUACCAUCACGCAGAACCCAACACCGCGAAAGAGAAACCUCCGUGAUCCCUCAGAACCCCGCACUGACGCCGAGUCCAACGGGUCUCGAGAUCAGCGCACACAGACGGAGGUGUUGGGCAGUGCACAGGCCAGAGAGCCUCAGAGCAGGGACUCUACGCUACAUUCACAAAGCAGAUUGGAGGAUCCUGAGCUAAGUCCCAUUCGCAACAUCCUCUCCAGCACGAUUACCGAUGGAAGAGACGAGUCCGUCUGCACCACCGAGGGGAUUCCCACUCUUCUCUGGGACUCUUAUGACCUUCAUGACCAGAAUCAGGAGGCUGGUGACAGUGUGAUAGAUCUCUCCCUAAAUGACUGGGAUGUGAAGGAGCAGGAGGGUUUGAGGGAGGUGGAGAAGAUCCUGGAUAGGGCUAAUGAAAUACUAGAGAAAGAAGAGAAUGUUCUGGCUCAGGAGGCCGUGCUGGAUGCCCUGCUGAGGUCUGAGGACGGGCACAAUCAGUGGCCGCUAUGGGCCAGCGAGAACCAGCUCGGUGUGAUGUCAUCCAGUGAGCUGGCUGAAGCCGGUGUUCUUGGCCUCGAGGAUGACCUUGAUCCUGCAGAAUCUGACCUCCUCAGUGAACCCAGAACUGGAUCUGCAAGUGAAACUAAGGCGUCUGAAGAAGACGAUGGGCACUGCACCGAGGCUGCCACAGGAGCAGAAGCAUUCCACAGCAGGCCGGACCUGCUGACGGAGCUGAGGAACGUCCACGUCCUGGAUGAGCUAAUCAGGGAAGAGAACCUGAAGAUCCACGCGCUCCGAAGCUGCAAAGAAAACUCCAGAGAGGAACUCUCUGUGGGCAAACCUCCGGAUACGAACGGGGCGUUGAGUAUGAGUAAAGAGAGGGAGGCUUUCCGGUUACAACUGGAAAAGGAGAAAAGAGAGGUGGAGAAGCUUGAGAAGAGUUUGAACAAAGAGCGUAACGUGAAGAAGCGCAAGGGUGGUGUUAGAAGGGUUGUAAAAUGUUCUAUAAUGGAGAGGGCUAGAAGUGAGAGUCAGGAAGACCAAGCCUUGUGCGAUGCGCUUUUAUCAGGUAACCGAUCACAGAGAACACAUUCAACAUCUUUGGUCCAGAAUGAUUCUCAGGUUCAGGAAACCUGUGAAACUGAAUCUAUUCCAGCAGUGUUGGGUCCUGAUGUUGCCAAAGAGGCGACACCGCAAGACUUGGUUCAACUUCCAGAUUCCCAAUAUCAAGAUGAUUGCUGCGGAGCUGAGCUAUCAGUAUUUAAUCUAGUUCCCUUAAAUAGUAGCUGUGAUUUGAAGGAAGCUCCUGAAGAGGUGGGAAUCCAACCUCAGGGAUGUAUCGAUGGGAACAAAUUAGACCAAGCCUUGUGCGAUAUGCUUUUAUCAGGUAGCUGUAGCCGAUCACAGAGAACACAUUCAACAUCUUUGGUCCAGGAUGAUUCUCAGGCUCAGGAAACCUGUGAAACUGAAUCUAUUCCAGCAGUAUUGGGUCCUGAUUUUGCCAAAGAGGCGACACCACAAGACUUGGUUCAACUUCCAGAUUUCCAAUAUCAAGAUGAUUGCUGCGGAGCUGAGCCAUCAGUAGUUAACCUAGUUCCCUUAAAUAGUAGCUCUGAUUUGAAGGAUGCUCCUGAAGAGGUGGGAAUCCAACCUCAGGGAUGUAUCGAUGGGCACAAAUUAGACAGAGCUGGCGAAAAUGCUUCUGAAAUGAGGCCAGAUGAUGGAGCGUUUGACCCAGGUGGAAAAUCACACCUUCCUCCUGUGCCUAAACCAAGACUCAGGGCUUCGCUUCCUGUGAAUGUCGACCUCGCUGAACGCAAACCUCCUCAUUCCAAAGAGUCCUCGGUUGCUCAAGAUCUCGGUUUUGCGCGACCUGAUCGACGAGAUGAACCACUUGACGCACUGCCAGAGAGUGUGAUUCCCGCCGUCAAUCCAAAUGUGAAGGAGCAGAGCAACAACAACAACAACCAUGCACUCACAGAGACAUGCAGUGGGUCAUCACAGCACUUGUCUAAUGAAAUAACCACUGAAGGUGAAGAGGAUUCAUCGGUGGUGCCUGCAUGUUUGCCACAGACAGAUUUACAGCCAGCAUCUGAGGCAGAUCAGCAGUCGGCAGCAGCCGAGCUGCCUCCUGACCAGCCUCGGGAGUUUGACCCCGGUGGAGGAGGUGAGCAGAAUGAAGAGGUGCCUGAUGGUGUUCAGAGCUCUGAGUCCAUGAGGAUACCAGGCUCUGGGUCAGCUGGUAUUCAAGCACAGCUUAACAUCAACAUGAGAGAGAUGUCAGAUUUCAAGACCCCCAUAGUCCUGGACACGGGGUCUGGUUUGAUGAAAGCAGGGUUUGCAGAUCAAGACCUCCCAAACAUUAUAUUUCCAACAAUUAUUGGGAUGCCAAAAUAUGAGGAAAUAAUGAACGGUAACCUCGAAAAGGAGACCUACAUCGGACACGAGGCUCAACACAUGAGAGGGGUCCUGGCUCUGAAGCAUCCCAUAAAGAACGGGAUCAUUUGUAACUGGGAUGAAAUGGAAAAGAUUUGGCAUCACACGUUCCAGCAGCUGGGUGUGGAACCAGAGGAUCACCCCGUCCUGCUGACCGAGGCAGCCAUGAACCCGUUGGCGAACCGUCAGCGCAUGGUGGAGAUCAUGUUCGAGUGUUUCACUGUUCCCUUCGCCUACGUGGCCAUGCAGGCAGUGCUGGCACUUUAUGCAGCAGGGAGAUCCACUGGUGUGGUGUUGGACUCUGGAGACGGAGUGAGCCACAGUGUCCCCGUGUUCGAGGGCUACUGUUUACCUCAUGCAGUGCAGCGCUUCCCUCUGGCUGGUGUAGACGUUACAAUGCAUCUGAAAAAGCUUCUGCAGGAACAAGGGGUGUGCAUGCGCUCCACGGCAGAGAUGGAGAUAGUGAGGGAGAUGAAGGAGAGGUGCUGCUGUGUGGCGGUCAACUACGAAGCCGAGCUGAGUCAGGGGGGGGCGUCCUGCAGAGAGAUGUAUUACACCAUGCCGGACGGACAGAUCGUCACACUCGGCACGGAGAGGUUCAGGGCCCCUGAGAUUCUCUUUAAACCCGAGCUGAUCGGACGGGACCAUUACGGGAUGCACGAGAGCGUCUUCAAGUCGAUCCUCCGCUCAGACAUUGACCUGCGGCGCUGCUUUCUGGGAAACAUCGUACUGUCAGGUGGGAACACUCUGCUGCCUGGCUUUCCUGAGCGGCUCCAGGCUGAAAUCAAAGGACUGGUUCCUGCCAACAUGGGGGAUGGCGUUCGCGUCACCAGCCCCAAGGACAGAGACUUCUCGGUGUGGAGCGGAGGAGCAGUGCUGGCCAACCUGCCCUCCUUCAGCUCUGCCUGGAUCAGUCAGGAAGAAUAUGAGGAGUACGGGCCGCAGAUCGUCUUCAGGAAGUGCUUCUGAGACGGACCGUUGUAAGUUCUGCCUGCUGGACGCCGGUGUAAUGUACCACAUAAUAAUUAGUUUUACCUGUGUCAUCAGUGUGAGCUCUUAAUAGACACCAGUAGGUUUCUAUUGACCUUCUGCUGGCUCUCUAUGCCUAUAUACUGAGAUCCACCCACAUGGCACGGGUGAAAUUGGUGCUUGUGUCAUAAGUUUCCUGUCAGUCGAUGUUAUUGUCCCUCAAGAACCUCUAACUUAAGUUUCCCAUUUUUUAGGGAAUGUUUUUCUGUGUCCCGAGAAUUUAAACGCAAGUAUAUUAAUGUUUGUUGUUGAGGUCCUCCGAGAACCGGAGCCGGCCUUUAAUUGAUGUCUGCCAACUCCAAACAUAUAUAUAAUAUAAUAUCAAAUUACAAUUUAUCAAAUAAAUUGAUAAUAAAUGAAAUAAAUUUGGUAUGACAAAUUAUCGUUCUAUUAGACAUGGUGAAAGUUGCAUUAAUUCUCAAUACCGCUGUGCAGUGUUCACAACUAUGAAUUUUUUUUUUAUUAUUAUUCUAGCAGGAUUAAAUUCUUUAUGAUGGAUUAUUAGGGCCACUGUUAGGGAAAAUAUAAAUAAAAGUAAUUUCCAUAAUAUUAUGACUUAAUACUCAAAAAUUUGUCAUGUAAUAUUUCAACUCUUUUCCCCUCAAAAUAUUACAACUUUAUUUUCCAGGUACUUGUUUGUCAUAACAAUAUUUUUGAUCUUUACUUGUAAUGUUACAACUUUUUCCUUCAUAAUUAUGUAAUCUUCCUCAAAAUACUUUUAAAUUGUCAUAAUAUUCAGAUUUAUUACAAUUUGUUUUCCUAAUAGUUGAAACUUUGUUGUAACAUUAAAUAACAUUUUUGUAAUGUGGCUUACUCAUAACAUAACAUUACUUUAUUCUCAAAAUCUCUUAUGUGUAUAAAUAUAUAUAUUUUCCUAGCAGUGUCCUUAAUACUCCACAAAAAGAUGAUUGCACAUGAAUGUUUCCUGUUGCUGCAGUAAUGUGAACCGGAGAGGAGGAAAAUGUGGAUUUAUGGAUUCUAUAAAAGUCAUGUUUCUGCUGGUUAUUUUCCCACAUGUUGAUCUUCUUCUUGACUUGACUUUUGGUUGAGGUUUGUUGAGGUCUGUUUUUAGGAUUGUGUGUAGCUGCUGAUAAUGAGCUGCAGGUCCAUGGAGAAAGAUGUGAAGUACAGUAAUUGGUCUGUUGAAUAAGCAGAUGAUGGUAAAUGCUACUGCUGCAGGUACAGUGCUUGUGUAUUGUUGAAGUUCUCGUUAAUAUUUUCUUGUUGAGUGCCGUGUCUUGCCACUAAUUUUCUUUGUUUUAUUUCUAAAAUAUUUUAUCUGAGAACAGUCGACGUGUGGAUUUUGAACACUUGCACAGUAGUGUUUUUUUUUUUUGAAAGUUGUUCCAAUGGUGCCAAAUCUGCUGCAUAUCUCAAUACCAUGGAUUCUGAAAACCCUUUGCCAAAUCUGUAUAUUAAUACUUAAUUUUGAAUGUUAUCUCUUUUGCAUGCAAUUAUUUUAUUCCAUGUCAUCUAGUUGCACCUUUUUUUUGCAUGUCCUCCUUUGUUUGCAUGUUUUUCUGUGGUGUUUUGUGAACUGCCUCUCUAAAGGCACGGGGUUGUCAUGUGACCUGAAGUUCAGCUCUUAAGUGGAAAUCAGCAUGAAAUGUGACUGUGAACUCUAUUUCUGCCCUCGGACUCUUGUUUACUGGCUCUUUGUCUGGAUCUCCUCCUCCUCCUCCUCUAAAUGUACUGUAACAGUCUGGACUGAGUCUAGCAAUGUUUCACCUGAACCAUGAUAUUUAUGUCAUGUCUGUUUUUAUAAUAAAUAUUUUAAUCGUC